AAAAAGUUGGAAACAGCUGGAGCCACUACCGAGGUAGGAUGCUCCUCCCAAGAAGGUGAGACCGAAAGAGCUCCCGUGGAAGCGGUCAAAGCAGAGGUGGAGCGAACCUGUGACACGCCCCAUCGGCAGAACAGGCUUUUAGAGAGUCGCCCGGCUCCCUGCCCUCAUCCGAGAUGGCUGCCUGAGGGCGCUCUAGCCGACAUUCCUCGGAUGCCCGGAGGGGGCGGUGGCCUUGUCUCCGGCUCUCAGGCGGCGGCGCUGGGAGCAGCAAACGCUUGGCAGCUGCAGUCCGUGGUGUGGGGUACGCAAGGGUGCGGACCUCGGAGCUCUCCCAGCCUGCGCCGUUUCUCAGCGCCUUCCCCACCCGAACCGGGGUCUCGCGGUUGGAAACGCUCCGGGUGCAGCCCCGCGCGGGGCCGGCCGUAACCGCGCCGCGGGCCGGACGAUGCCCAAGAAGCUGCUGCUGUUGCCCCCGCUCUCCGCGUCCUCGGCUUUCCGUGUCCCGCGCGCCCGCCCCGCUCCCCCGCCGGCCAUGAACGCCGCUCGCACCGGCUACCGAGUCUUCUCGGCCAACUCCACGGCCGCCUGCACGGAGCUGGCCAAGCGCAUCACAGAGCGCCUUGGUGCUGAAUUGGGGAAGUCUGUUGUAUAUCAAGAAACCAAUGGAGAGAUGUGAAUACAGCUGUGAUGGAGUUGCUCAUCAUGGCUUACGCACUGAAGACUGCCUGUGCCAGGAAUAUUAUUGGGGUCAUCCCCUACUUCCCCUACAGCAAGCAGAGCAAGAUGAGGAAGAGAGGUUCCAUUGUGUGCAAGCUGCUAGCAUCCAUGCUGGCAAAAGCAGGUUUAACUCACAUUAUCACUAUGGAUCUUCAUCAAAAGGAAAUACAAGGCUUUUUCAGCUUUCCCGUGGACAACCUUAGAGCCUCACCUUUCCUGCUUCAGUAUAUCCAGGAAGAAAUUCCAAAUUACAGAAAUGCAGUCAUUGUAGCUAAGUCUCCUGAUGCUGCAAAGAGGGCCCAGUCCUAUGCGGAGAGACUGCGUCUGGGUUUGGCUGUCAUCCACGGGGAAGCUCAGUGCACGGAACUGGACAUGGACGAUGGUCGUCACUCCCCACCUAUGGUCAAAAAUGCGACUGUGCACCCGGGCCUGGAGUUGCCGUUGAUGAUGGCCAAAGAGAAGCCACCGAUAACUGUAGUUGGAGAUGUUGGAGGCCGCAUCGCAAUCAUCGUGGAUGACAUUAUUGACGACGUGGAGAGUUUUGUUGCUGCCGCAGAGAUCCUGAAAGAGAGAGGCGCCUACAAGAUCUAUGUCAUGGCCACCCACGGCAUCCUGUCUGCAGAGGCCCCCCGCCUGAUUGAGGAAUCCUCCGUAGAUGAGGUGGUGGUGACGAAUACUGUCCCUCAUGAGGUUCAGAAGCUGCAAUGUCCCAAGAUAAAGACUGUGGAUAUCAGUUUGAUUCUUUCUGAAGCCAUUCGGAGAAUCCACAACGGAGAGUCCAUGGCCUACCUUUUCCGAAACAUCACUGUGGAUGACUAACUUUCACGAGGGUCUCGACCCUGGACCUCCUGAGGGAAACAUGGAAAAAGCAGUGCCAUGAGUGAUACAGUGUUUCCUUGCAAGGGAGGACUGGAAACAGCCUGGAGUUAGAUAGUCUCUCCUGCCCGGAUUGAUGGGUAGGAGGGAUUGAAAGAGUCAGGAAGAAGACGGAGCUAAUGGAUAAAUGUCAUAACAUGGCCUUAUAUCUCUGCUGUCAUCAGCCCUGAUCCUUAAAAGUUCUAGCUGCUUUCCUGAAAAUAAUCUGAAAAUCUUAUUGAUACUAAAGAGGAGUUAAAGGCACAUAAAGUCUUAACUCUAUAAUGUUCAUUUAGUUGUUUCAGCUCCAGGGAAAUGGAGGUAUUGAUGUUGAACCUGGUUAGGGAAGCUGAGCGCCUGUGGCUCUGUUGCUAUCCAGUUGGCCUCUCCCAAAUCAACUUCAGGUCUUUUAUAGAGAAUCGUAUUUUUCUUUCAGAAAUUGUUAUGCCUACAGCCAUUGAAAAAUGAAGCAUUCAUGUUGUUACAUCUUCCAAGGAUGUCAGAUUAGAAAAUAGCAUCCCACCUCUGGAAAUCUGAGUGGCUCUGAAGUUGCAAAUAAAAGAAUUUGUUGUCUU